GGCCGAUUUCCGGUUGCAUUUGAUGGGCCGGCUUUUCAAAGCCUAAGUAUUGCGCCAGGUUUUGCUAAUAAAUAAAGGCUUUUGUCUCGUCAACACGAUAGUUGGUACAGACAUUUCAUUGAAAGUGGUCAUCGGCUGUUUGGACUUAUCCAUGAUUUAAAAAUCAUUCUGUGAAAAUUUGUGAUAAUUUUAUAAGUGUUAUCUUUUUUUAAAAAACUAACAGUAAAUUUCAAUAAACCUAUUAUACGAAUAUAAGAAAAAAUGAAGAUGAAGCGAGAAAAUAACGAUGAUGGCCCACAUGUCGAUAAGCGUAGUCGACGCAAUGAUGACCAAAUACGUAUCCUCAUACCUAGUAAUAUUGCUGGUGCUGUCAUUGGAAAAGGGGGACAGCAUAUUCAAAAAAUGCGCACUCAGUAUAAAGCCACUGUAUCUGUCGACGAUUCUCAAGGCCCCGAACGGUAAACACUUAUCCAUUAAAAUAUUUUAGAUUCCUUUUAUCUAAAUCGAAGAUUGUGAAAUAUCAAAGUAAUAUAUGUACUUUAUCAGAACUUUAGACCUAGGUAAUAUUUAUGUUUUAACUUUUUGGUUUUUCCGUUACAAAAUUCCGUAUGUCGUAUAUCGUACAUUCGCAUUUCGUAUUUUUUAACAUACUUGCACUCUAAUCUCGUAAUGGAUUAAUUUCUCUUAUCUUAUGCUAAAUUCUUUCUUACAUUUUUAAAUAAAAAAACGACGUGCGUCUAUAGGUAGCAAAGUUAAAAGUAUUUGUGACAUGUAUGAACAAUUUAUGCGUAUAUACUUACUAUAACUUAUCGUACACACAGUACGUUAGUCGAUUUAAUCAACAAAAGUAGUAAUUAAUUACUUGUAAAAAAGCAAUCACCAUCCAUAUAAAUUCCAAAUUUCUGAAUAAAUAUUUUGCCUUUCCUAAUGAUUAUGUGCUGUUUUUGCAGAGAUUUUUAAAGAUCACCUCUGCUCUUUGGAACUUGAAUAACUUACCAUAAACCACACCGAAAAUAAAAACAAGUUAACUUGGCAAACCUCUUAUUAUUUAAGUAUAAUGCUAAUACAUAUUUAAACUGAACUACGAAUUCAUGAAAGCUCAUCUAACUUUUACAUUUAGCUAUUUUUCAAUAAUUCUGGUUUAACUUAGUUUUAUUUUUUCAGCGUCAUGCAUUAAUUUUUAUUUGUACCAAAAUUUGCUCCAUCUUUCUAUAACAACUCGACCACGAAUUGACACCUCUGUAUCUUCAUUUGGCCCGAGUUAAAUCUUCGUGUACAUUUAUCUGCCCAAACCACUGUGUGGUGCAAACAAAAACAUACGAAACUAUGAUCCACCAAGAUAAAUGGCCAGCAGUAAUUGUGCUGCAUGUACUUACACAUAUUGAUGCUUGCAUUCAAUACCAUUUAUUUUUAAAUUUAUGUAUGUGCGUUCGUAUAUUAUUAAUAAAUUUAUUGCACAAUGCAUUCAUUAACAAUCGGUAUUGGAGUAAUUGUAAAGAUUUAUUUUGGGAAAUCGAUCAACGGCUCAUUAUAAUACUUAUUUGUGAAAUUUAUUAAUCUUCAUAACCAACAUUUUUUAAUAUUAACCAAUCAACCAGUGCCAUUGUCGAUAGUAUUAAUGUUGUAUUCAUUAGGAGUUUGUGUCGGUUUGCCAACUAUUAUGAACAUUUACAUUCCUUAAACAAGUCUAUAAAUUUUGAGAUUUUGUAACAAGCAAUGGUAUAACAUAAUUCCGGUCUUUAGCUAAAUAAAGUCUGAAGAUAAUUGCUGAACGCCGCGCAUAUAUAGAAGAUAAACUGUAUCUUAUUUAUCAAAUAAAUUUACUCCUUUUCUUUCGAUUUUCUAAUAGCACCAUAUUGAUAUCAUCUGAUCUUGAGGCAACACUGCAAAUUGUAACCGAGAUGUUAAAAUAUUUCGAAGAGCGUGAUGAUGAGGUCGACGUACGCUUACUGAUUCAUCAAAGUCUUGCUGGAUGUAUUAUCGGCAAAGGUGGCCAAAAAAUUAAGGAAAUUCGAGAUAAAAUUGGAUGUCGUAUUUUGAAAGUGUUCUCGAAUGUUGCCCCACAAAGCACAGACCGAGUAGUACAGACCGUCGGAAAGCAAUCGCAGGUGAUUGAAGCUAUAAGGGAGGUGAUUACGUUGACGCGUGAGACGCCUAUUAAGGGUCCAGUACAUAAUUAUGAUCCCACCAAUUUCGAUCGUAUGUACGCCGAUGCAUAUGGUGGUUAUGGAUCCGGCGGUGGCGGAAACGGUGGUGGUAACAACCGUCCAUCGCGUGGUGGUCGCGGAGGUGGCGGCGGCGGAGGCGGUGGUAUAGGUAAUGGUGGUGGCGGUAAUUUUGGCAACGAUCGUGGUGGACGUAAUGACCGCAGCCGCAGCGGUGGCCGACGUGACAACCCAUUUAUUAAUCCAUGGGCUAAUGAUGAUGGUUUCGGAAGCAAUAACGGUGGUGGUAAUUUCGGUGGCGGUAACUUUGGCGGUGGCUUCGGUGGAGGAAAUUUCGGUGGUAAUGGCGGUGGAGGAUUUGGAGGAAAUAACGGUCCAUCAGGUGGCAGUUUCGGGGGCAAUGGCGGUGGGUUUGGUCCCGGAAAUCAAGGCAACUUCGGUGGUGGUAACCCAGGAGGCGGUUUUGGUGGCAAUCAAAUGAAUAGUGGUGGAAACUUCGGUGGUGGCAUGAAUCAAGGCGGUGGGUUUGGUGGACCAAUCAAUAAUAAUGGAAUGGGAUCUGUUGGUGGUGGUAUGGGAUCUGCCGGUGCUGGCGGCUUCGGGCCUGGCCCAAACAAUAAUGGGCCUAAUGGUGGCAAUUCGGGAAAUCUACCAAAUGGCCAUGAUCCCAAAAACAGUACGCAGGUUACAAUUCCAAAAGAUUUGGCUGGUGCUAUCAUUGGAAAAGGAGGUGGCCGUAUCCGACGCAUUCGCAAUGAGUCUGGUGCCUAUAUUACAAUUGAUGAACCAUUGCCAGGAUCAACUGAUCGUAUUAUUACCAUUUCCGGUAACCCAAAACAAAUCCAAAUGGCCCAGUAUCUUUUACAACAGAGGUUGGUGUCCAACACAUCCUAAAAUGUGCACGAGAACAACAACGGCAGGCGAAACUUCUAAAUCAGAUGUCGUCGAGAUUGAGAUGUCAGUAUACAGCCGUGUUAUUGACGGAAGCAUAUAUAUCAUAUAUACGCAAAAAUUUAACUUUAAGACUUACAAGCUCCUUAAAUUUCAUUAACUUAAUUAUUUGAAUAUAUGCAGCAAUAUUCGUUUUUAAUUGGAACUAAACGAACAAUUAAAAAAGACCAAAUAAGUAAAUAACACUUAUUUAUGUAUUAAAAUAAAUGCUGUCGACAUUUUUAGUAAAUACCCACCAGUAAUUUUCUUGAUUAUUAUCGUAACAGCUAAUACUAAGUAAAUUCCAAAUGAAUGGAAGUAUGAAGAAUAUGAAGAAUUGUAAAAUAUUCAGUCCUACCGCUUAGGUAAUUGUGCCGUUUUAAUCGCAUCGUACUGGAUUGUAACUUGAAAUUAGAAAUUAGUUCGAGAAUAUGUUAAAGCCGAAUAAUGAGGGAUGUUUGUAACGAAAAUAAUACUGUAUUUUUUAUUACUUGUAAUCUUUAUGCAAAUUGUUAAUAAACCUGUAAUCAGCAUUAAUUGAAUAUUCUAAUUUAAAGCAUACAAGAUCUAAUAUGUCCCGAUAAAGAUAAGCGUAUAUAUAUUUUUUAAAAUUAACUUCUGACGAAUACCACAGGCUGGCACGGACUGAUAUCAUUGAUACACAAUAUAUUUGACAGAAUUGUGAAAAUAUAAGCACUAUACCAAAUAGAUUAAACACUAACUGCACUAGUUCUAUGGACUACUAAAACUAAAGAGGAGUUUACGUAGCUAUUGGCAGUUUCAUUUGUCGAAACGUGUGCGUUAAACCAACAGUUUACUAACAAUAUUAUAAAAUAUUAUUUGUAACACUUUGGUCCGCUAUUCUUCUUAUGGCUAUUUUAUUAAGUAUAUAGAAUUUAAAUUCUAUACGCAUAAAGCGAAUUCUGUAAGAUUGUAAAAUCAUAUAAUAAAGAUACAAACAU